CCGGCCGCAGCCCCUGCCCUGCCCGCCCGCCGCACCAUGGAGUUCUCGGAGAGGAAGCGGAGCAGGAAAUCGCAGAGCUUCAAACUGGUGAACCGAGAUUAUCACCAUGAGGUCUAUAAGAUCUCAGACUUCAGCAACGAUGUUAAUGGGGAGGCCAAAGAGACACAACCCAUUUUUUUAGGAGAUGAAAGCAUGGAAAUUAAAAAACAAAUUACAGGAAUGAGAAGAUUACUGAAUGACAGCGCUGGGAGGAUAUAUCAGCGUGUGGGCAAGGAGGGGGAGAAACUUAAAGAGGAACCCCAGGAUUUGGAUGCGAUCUGGCCUCAGCGUUUGAACUCUGCAGAGGCCCCCCAGAGCCUCCACCCGUCUUCCCGGGGCACAUGGAAUGAGCUGCCAGCCCAGAGCGGGCAGUUCUCAGGGCAGUAUGGCACCCGCUCCAGAACCUUCCACAGCCAGCCCCACACCGCGGGGAGCUCCAGUGGAGAACUUCCAGUGGUGAAUCCAUCAGCUGGAUCCAACUGCUGCACUUGUAGCUGCCAGUCGACGUUGCAGGCCAUCCUCCAAGAGCUCAAGACCAUGCGGAAACUGAUGCAGAUUCAGGCAGUUGGAACCCAAAACAGACAACAACCCCCAAUUUCCCUUAUCUGCUCCCAGCGAACUGCUGUCUCACGCAAGAGAAAUAAAAAGAAAAAAGUGCCCCCAAAGACUGUGGAACCUCUCACUGUGAAACAGAAGCCCAGUGCAUUGGAAGCUGAGAAGAAGGCUGCAGGGGCCCCCGAGAAUUCCAGUCUCCCCACGGCCGAGCACCCCUCUCCUGGGGAGAACCACAUUCUAGGAUUUGGCAUCGUGCUUGAAUCACCAGCCUCCGAUCCAGAAGUGCAACUUGCUGAAGGCUUCGAUGUGUUUAUGCCUAAAUCUCAGCUGGACUCUAUAUUGUCAAACUACACUCGCUCAGGAAGCCUUCUGUUUAGAAAACUGGUGUGUGCAUUUUUUGAUGACAAGACUUUGGCUAACUCCUUACCCAAUGGGAAGAGGAAAAGAGGACUCAAUGACAACCGGAAAGGACUAGACCAAAAUAUUGUGGGUGCAAUAAAAGUCUUCACAGAAAAAUAUUGCACUGCUAAUCACGUGGAUAAACUUCCUGGCCCAAGAGACUGGGUUCAGAUUCUGCAGGAUCAAAUCAAACUGGCAAGAAGAAGGUUAAAAAGAGGCUCAGCAGAGGCAGCUGACAGUGAUGAACGGCUGGACGGUGUUUCUCUAACCCCAACAGAUGGAGGCAGAGAGAUGUUUCAGAUGAGAAAAUUGAACCCGGGAUGGUAGAACCGCCUCAUGGAACUGAAAACACUUUCAAGGACUCUGAGAAAAAAUGGAACGUUAGAGGUCAUCUAGUCCCGUCCCUCGUUUUUAUCCAGUCCUUUUAUUUUACAGGUAAAAAAGCCUGAGGCCCAGAAACACUAAAUGACUUUUCAAGGUCUCACAGCUGGUUGGUGGCCUGGCCGAAGCCCAGGCCUCUCAACUCCCAGCCGGUCCACUGCGUAGCUUUCUUAAACCUUCUCUGCAUGUUUCCUAGCCGUCCUAAGAGUUGAUGGAUGUACUAAUCCCUGUAGGAUUCCAUUUCAGUGUUGCCCCGUUGUAAGCCGGCCUAAAGUCUGCUGCAGUUCAGCUCUCGGGUUUGUCCUCAGAUCCCGAGGCUGUGAGGUCCCAGUGAGGGCAGUUGUAAGACACCCCUGGCAGGUCUUUUCACUAGACUCCUGCUAGAGAUUUGAUUCAAAUCAUUAGAGAGCAUGAGAAAUAAUACCACUUAAUCAUCUCAAAAAAGGGAAAAGAAGUCACGGAUUGGUGCCCGAAUCUUGCAGUCAUGGAAUGAAAUGAUCUUGAUUAGACUAGCAAGUCUCCCCAGAGCCUCUAACCUAAACUCAUAGCCCGGGGCUUCUCUGAACACAGCGCCACCACUGCAUGCUCUCUUCUUACGAGUCUGCUAAUGAGACCGUCUGAGACCGUCCCAUACAUGCAGCUUCCUCCCUGGAUCUGAGACUCACUGGCCAGAUAGUCCUCAUCUGGUUAUCUGGUCUCUCUGAGCCAGCCAUAGUUGGUCUUUUUUUAAAGAUUUAACUAUGCUUUUAUUAUCCGGUUAAGGCCUUUUUGCUCCUUCCAAAUUCAUGUAUGUUGAGGAGGGCUGAGACAGGGGUAUAACUCCCCAGUGUUUCUAUGAGCCAGAACCAACCAGGCCAACUUUACAGUCAGGCGUCAGAUGACAUUAAUCUCAAUCCAUCACACUUAAGUAACCUUCUGUUUGUCUAGUUUUAACAAAAUGGAUACAUAUUUUAUAGUGGAAAACAUUUUCUUAAUUUCUCUCCCCUCAACCCUUUCAGUAAGCAUUUUUGAGCAAGGCCAGGAAUCAGCACUGAGUUGGGAGACUUCUGAAUUUGAAAUAGGUUAGUGCAGAGUGCACCUAGGCUUAGCAUUUGGGGGUCAUCAUUUGGCAUCCAUUUACAUACUUUUAGAAAUUAAUACAGAAAAGUGUAAUGAAGAAAAUGUAAAUUACUUUUGCCACCCAGACACAGUCAUUAUUAUUGGGUGUUUUUUUUCCCAGCCUUUUCUCUGAAUUUUUUUAAAAUUUAUACACUGGAGGUCAAAUCCAUCCAGUUGGUUCCCUAAGGUUUUGUUCUGUUUUGGUUGACCACCUAACAAGAAUUUUCCAGUUUAUUACAAAUCUCCAUACACAUUCUUUUAAUAGCUGCAUGAUAUUCUGUUUUACAGGUAAAUCAUAUUUUAUUUAGCCGUUAUCUAUUGCUGGAUAAUACAUGUGAACAUCCUCUAGAAGUAACCCACAUUCAUGGAUUUUCCUGCAAAAAUCAUUAUUGCAGAUUUCUAAUGGCCUAAAAUUGCUCAUCUGGCACACCUAAAGGCUUGGUUAAGAAACAGUGAUUUAGAGAUAAAACACAGAUGCCUCCCCAAGAGGUCCUACAUCUGGCCAUGUCAAGGAAGAGCGUACAAGUCCUCCUAGAGAAGGGACCCCCUUCACGCUCUUGUCUCUGUUGUAGGUCAUAUGCUUGACACCAGGAGAGAAAAACCGGAAGACACAGGGACAGCUUUCACUGCCUAGACUUUCUUUUAGUGACCCUGCUCCUUAGCACACACAGCUCCUCCACUUGAAUCUCCUCGGAGAUCCACUAGCAUUUCAGGUCACUGCAAGGCAUGGGCGUUCCAUGGAGCUGACCCGUCACGUUUGAAUAGUUUUCAUAUUCUUUCUUUGUCAUAUGCAAUAACCAAGCCUCCGAUUUGGUCUAAGAUUUUUAAAAAAUCAUCUUUAGAGUUGAACUGUCAGCCUUUCAACGUCCAACGUAUCAUUCAGUUGGUUCGUUGUCCAUCAAAAAAGAACAGUUUUAUUUUCUUUUUUUUUUUCAAUGUGAAUAUGGUAGAGUUUGGAAGCACACAUUUUAACAUAAAUUGCUUCAGUGCAUUUUAUAAAGGAGAGUGGCCCUUUCAGGAGGACCGAAGGAGCAGUGGUAAAGGCCAAGAUUAAUUAGAACUGUCAUCAGCCUCGAAGAUGGAAACGUUGUUUUGGGAGACAGGGUGACUCUAACCUAUUAGAUGAAAUCAUUUGUGACAUUAUUUCCCCCCAAAAUAAUCAUUUCCUUGAUAAGUGCAAAUGAUACAUGAAUUGUCAGGAAAGAAAAACCGUUCACGUAGGUUGUAUGUCAAUACAGUGACAAAAUACCUAAUUGAAAGGUGAGAAACUCAGAGUAAGCAGCCUUCCACAUAAUACCCAACAACUAUUUUAACAGAUGGCUCUAACUGAGUAGUCCAGGGUUGUGGCAUCGUGUGGCAACUGGCCACAAAUGUACUUACCCUUCACACUUCAUUCAGCUCUAGCACAUGUGCUCUCCACUUGACAUAAAACCAACAAAUGAAAAUGUGGGUUCAUUUCCAAGAAGUAUUUUGGCAUGUGGGUAUUUGUUUUACAGAGAUAUUUAUCUCCAGAUUCCUUUCUCUAGUUGAGAUGGUGAAUUUAAAAUAACCUGUUUGUUUAGAAACAUUACUUUUAUACCUCAUUUACUGUAUAAAGCAAAUUACCAUGAAUCUUUGACACUUGACCCAAAGGCCAAAAGUUGGCUUGAAAGGAAUUUGGACAGUAGAAACACCAAACCUUGGGGAGGGGGUAUGCUAUACUGUCAUUUAACACACGUCCCUAACACUUAUUUGAUCGAAGCAGAGAGUGUUAGAGCUCAGAGUUACAGCUUAGGCCUUCAGGCCUAUAGUUCACCCUCGUUUUGUUUGCGGUGAGGCAGCUGAGGAGUGAGGUCUAUGGCCAUCCUGGGCUGGGCAACAGCCCGUCAACCUGCUAGCCAAACCAGGAACCUCAGUUCCUUCCUACCCCAUCCAAGGUACUUGGGCCAUACGUGUGACACAGGGCAGUUGACCUUGAGCCAGGAGGAGGGCUCCAGGGGGGAUUCAGGAAUCCACUAAAGACCAGCUAGUUAACCCAAGGCCAUGGGAGGCGUCCCUGUGAAGUGACGAAGCUGGUCUAGGUGUAGCUUAUAGACUCGAUCCAGCUGCUAGACAGCUACAUCUCAUACGUGUGUGUCUUUUGUCUUCUUUUUGGAGCCUCCAGGAAGGUUCGAGAAAUGGUUUCCAUCACAAGUUUAGUCAGCCUUUUCGAUUUCAGGCCACUUAGUAGCCCCUUCCUUGAGACCCACCCCUCUGUUCAUCACAGGGUCUAACAAAGUACUGUGAACCCAGGCUUUUGUUUUUCUGCAAGGCAUUUUUUAAAAUUUGUCUUCUGCCUCUCAAAAGGAAGUCUUUCUCGAGGGAAUUGAAAAGAUUAAUUAGUGACCUUUCACCUCUGUUAUAAUACUAUGAAUACGAUGAAUACUUUGGGAAUAAAGGUAGAAACAUUUACCUUACAGCUGUGGAAUCUGUUAAAUACACACUAUGAAACUUCAAAGCACUUCCUGCCAAGACUAGGCAAGAGCUUGAAUUUUUCACUACUUGAGAGGGGGGUGGGGAUUGUUCAGCUCACAGAUAUGUGCAAUGGAUUCACAAAUUGGAAAUACGUGUUGUAAAACUGCAACAGCAAAAUCAUUUUUGUAAAUUAAAACUGUAUUUGUGUUUACUUAACUGUGACUACUGUUCAGACUCUACUCAGAAAUCCUUUUUAUAGGCUUUCUUAGCAAAAAAAAAAAUUAUUAUUCCAUACCUGUGGAUCAUGUCUCAAUCUUCUGUAUAUAUGUUUUAUUAAUAUGUAAAUAUUUAGAUUUUUUUAAGAUUACUAUGUUCUUUAAAAAAAAAAUUCCAUGCAAGGCUAGUUGUGAAAAUGGUGUAUAACAUGUGUUGUGAUAUCAAGUCCCAAGACACCCUUUAUGUCUGUUCUGGAAGAAAACAAUAAAUUACUUUAAUUGAA